UCAGGAAUUUUUUUUAUGUUAAAGAGGUUAAGUGUAAACAUAGUACGAUAAUAUUUACAACUAUUUUAACGGGAAUAUUCAUGUUAUGUGAACUGAAAAACUCUGGAAACUGAGCUGAAAACUAUGAUGCUGGCAACAUCUCCAAUUUGUAUAGGUAAAGACAUUUCUAAAGAUUCCCAACGAGAAUGCAUGACCGCCGAUUUUGAAAAUGAAUGUUGGGAUGACAUCAUUGCAUCACUUGAUCAAGUUAGUGAAGCAAUUACGCUGGAGGCGCGAAAUUACAAAUGUACAGGUGUGUUAUCUAGCGACAAUGAUGUAAAAGAUGACAAGACAACGUUGACUAAACCACCAACUGCAUCUGAUUAUCGCGAGAAAUCUCUGUGUCCAUUCAGUCCCACUGGUUCAGUCUAUGAUAACUUGAGUCCAACUAAACCAGAGUUUGCAAAAUCAUCGGAAUCUGAAAUUUUAUUUGAUCCAGUGUUGACUUCAUCCCAACUACCUGCACCACAAAGCCACGAACAAGAUAUAGAUGGACCACAAGACAGACUGAGCGAGAUCUUGCAUACAUCAAAUGUACUCAGCGAGCAUGAAAGACAAUCGAAUCAACUUGAUGACAAUUCACCACCAAGUCCUAUCAGUUUAAAUUCAGCAGUUGAGGCUGAUCGUAAAUUAGGCCUUGAGCUUGUUAAUGGUCACGAGACAACAGAACCAAUGAGUUUUAAGGCAGCGUCUCCUCCAUAUCAGAAUGGAAAUCUUCAACAAGCAUUUCUCCAAUCACCAAGGAAAUUUCGAAGUUAUUCUGAAAAUCAAGGACAUUUCAGUAGCGUUCCACCAGCGCUUCCCGCUAAAACAACUUCAAAAUUAAAACCUGUUACUGUGAAUCACAGUGGCGGAUGUAGAGUGCUGUUAAGUCCUGAUAUUCAACCUAAAACAUUUCAAUAUGCUAAUAAUCACGGAAAUGAACUUUCUCCAGUUAAACCUUUUACUAGUCCAACACACGAACAUUUACCCAAACCUAAGUUUUUACCCAAAUCUUCGCCUCCGUAUUUUGCAUAUCCAUCACAGACUAGUCCUUCAUCAUAUAUAAAAGCUGCUUCACCGCCAUUAUCUUUAACUUAUUCAUCAUUAUCUGCUGCUCCUAAACCAAAUACAAAAGCUGCUUUUCAACCCGACAAUCAUAUUGAAUCGAACAUCAACAAUAACAACGGUGAUCAUAGAAUCUUCGAGAAUCAAGAAGAAGAUUCAGUUAUGGUACCAAGUGGACUUGUAAGUUCAAGAAUUGCAAGGUUUUCUAGCAGUAGCAAAUUGAAGACAAACAAUCAUGAAAAUAUAGACAGAUUCAAAUCAUCUUCUGUAGAAUCUAGCUCUUCACCUUCGAUAAAGCCUUCUGGCAAUGCUGUUACCCUGACAACAUACCGCUACGAAGAUAUAAACAGCACUGGACCUUAUGAUAAUUUGGACCCAAAUAUGAAAUAUUACGAUCAUACAUCAGAACAACAGACUGCACUGCCACCUUUACCGCCAAAAGCAUAUAGAUCUGUCAAAUCCCCAAAAACGGGUACGCCAGUGAUACCCUUUAGUGAAGGGGUGACAUCUCCUCCUCCACUCUCCCCAACUUAUACAUCAAGGUCAACCAUCGUAUCUCCAGACAGAGGUCGUAGCCAGGGUAGAAGUACAAGUAUGACAACUCAAACUGUAACUUCAAAAUCAAGAUCCCUAAGUGCUCCAUCUAGUCCCCUUCUCGAUCGGAAAUUUGCAACAGGGAGAUCGCCUAGAGUGCAUAUAGAUCCAUCACAAAGAUACAAAAGAAACCUAAGUGCAAGCGCUCUCAAACAAAGAAGCCCUUCACCAUCGAGGAGUGAAUUUCUGCCUCGGACUAGACGUAGUAUAUCAGUUACUUCACUCAAUGGUGAAAAAACAGGAAUGAGGAAAGCACCAUCUGUUAAAUCUCUGAGAGAUCGUUUCGGUAGUCAGUCAUCAAUUGUAUCUGUUGAUACAGAUCUAGAAGAUGACUUGAAAUUAUUGCAUGAUGAGACUGUGAGACAGCGACGAAAAGAACAGUUUUCAGUAGUUCGGGAAAAACAAAGGCUUGAUAAGAUACUUACUAUGUGCAAAGAUUUCAUGAAUCAGUCAAAAGAAAAAGACGAAGCAUUGGAUAAAAAUAUUGAUCUGAAUAAAUUAUUGCUGGAAAUCAGUUUUCAUGGAAAAGACAUUGAACUGGGAGAUGGAAAUACAGGGCUGAACUCAACUCAACUUUUAUGUGAUACUUUUUCGGGCUCAUCUUCAAGUGAUUGUACCAGUCCAGGGAAAUCUGAAACAUCAUUAUCUGACUCACAAAGGACUUUUAGAAGAUUGAUUUCCCUGGAGAAAGAUAUUUGCAGUCAAGUGUUGCCAGGACAACAACAAUGUUCAUCACCUCCACCAUUGCCACCAAGGGAGCCAAAAUCACCAACAUCUGUACUUUCACCAAAUAAAGAAAAGAAAAUUAGAAGAGCGAGACCUGAGGAUAUUGCUGAAAUUCAACAUUUGUACGAGCAAGGAAGAGAAGAAAUGGAAAAUUUACAAAGAAAAAUAACGGAACUUGAGACACAAUUGGAUGAAUGUGUUUGUGCUUUGGAAAUGGAGAAAGCUCUCGUUGUCGGAGAACUUGAUUCUGAGAGACAACAUCUGGAAAGAGAAGAAGAAAUGUGUGAGAAAUUAAAGGAUCAAAUUAUUGAAUUAGAAGAAAAGUAUAUGAAACAAAGGGAUAUUCAAAAUAGUUUGCUUGAGAAAGAAAAGAAGAAAUUGGCAGAGUUACGUAAGAAAUUGAUGCAUUCACAAAAACAAUUGAACAAUUGUCCAGAAAGUAUAAGAGAUGUUUGGGAAGUGGAGUUGAAAAAGGAUCAACUAUUAUUAGAACAAGACAUGAAAAAUUUUGAAGACAUUGAAUUUCAAACACUGGAAAAUAUAAGUAGGAUGGAUGAAGAAAAAGAAACUAUGCAGGCUCAGUUAAUUGAUAAACAGAAGAAGUUGGGCACAGAUGUUAUGAAAAGAAAGGAAAUUGUCCAAACAUUAGAAAAACAAUUGAAUGAAUUAACAAUGCAAGAAAAAUCUGAUAAUCAAAGAUUACAUAUGAAAAGAGAUCAAGCAAUUAAAGAACUUCAACAGCAUCAGGAAGAAACUUCCUUUCUUGAGCAGAAAUAUUAUGAGCUGACAGGUAAUAAACCACCAACACCUGAUAGAGAAUCAUCAAUCCGAACUAAAUCACAAUCUACAGCAAUAUUGAAAGCAGAAAAUAAUGAAGAUAGGAUUGAUGGAAAUGAAAGAAGCCAAUCAUCUAAGGAUGAUGAUGUGUUCAAUUUGCAGUCGAAUGAUAUAAACUUGAAAUCUACCUCAAAUGCCAGUAUCUGCCAUUUUAAUAAUAAUGAAGACAAUACCAAUGAUAUAUUGCAUACCCAAGCUCUUCGGUACAAAGAUGAUUCAACUCUUGGUUUUAAACCCAAGCAAGCUUAUGGAAACACUCAGAAUUAUGCACACUCGACAUUAACUAGAUAUAAUUCAACAAAAUCGAGACAUCGUAGUAGAGGUGCCGCAUCUGCCUUAAAUUCUUCUGCCUCAUUCUCAAAAAAUUCUUCAAUGACAAGACCAUAUUAUCAAAGGUUACAAGACUCUGCUUCACAGGAUGGAAAUGCAGAUUUUAACAGGUGGAAAGGAGUAGAGACUUGUAGUAUGAGUUCAAUAGAUAGUCUUGAUACAACUAUGUCUGCUUGGUCAACUCAAACACCUGAUCAGAAAGAGAUGGAACAAAUCAAAUUGAUUGAAAAGCAACUCAUUGAAGCCAAAGCUGAGAGACAAAGACUGUUAGCAGAAGUGAAUGCAUAUGUAAAUCGUGGUCAAGAAGAGUUGAACGAUAUGGAAUACAAUAAUGAUAACAUUGCGCAAUCAUCAUCAACGUCUACCAUGGCAACUGAUGCACCAACAACAAGUGGUAGUUCGAGUCAAGAUCCAUUGUCUCCUACCACAACAUCUUCAUCUAGUCCAUCACAUGAACCAAUUACAGAAGAAGAAGUUAGAUUGAGAACAAACCCUGAACCAAGGAAACAGACCCGGCCUAUGACGAGGUAUCUUCCAGUUAGGUCAAAAAAUUUUGAUCUUCGUGAACACAUUGAAUCCUGUGGUCAUAAUCCUGAUGCAUGUCGACAUGUUUCUGUAACUGCCACUGCUUGCAGGGGUUAUUUAAUGAAGAUGGGAAGUCGAAUUAAAACAUGGAAGAAAAGAUGGUUUGUUCUCGAUCGAGCAAGAAAAAUCAUUUCAUAUUAUAAAAAUAAACAUGAAACCAAGUUGAAAGGAAUGAUUUACUUUCAAGCAGUUGAAGAUGUUUUCUUUGAUCAUUUAAAAACACAUCGGAGUCCGAACCCAUCAUUGACAUUUUGCGUUAAGUGUUACGAUCGCACAUUCACUCUUGUCGCACCAUCAGCCGAAGCAUUAAGGAUAUGGAUGGAUGUUAUUGUAACUGCAGCAGAAGGUUACACAGAAUAUAUGAAAACUUUUGAAUAGGUUUUCCCUUUUCCAAAAGUAUAUCAUAUUUCAUUCUCAAAGGAUGAAGACUGUUUCAAUGGGCGAUUAACAGGAGUGCUUUGGGAUGUGAAUUCUGAAACGGCCUCGCUGGAUUUGUAUUGCUUCAAUUUCAGUUGAGAUGAACACGAAAACUGUUCGGUAUCUCAGACCUUUACGGCGCAAUGCAAGAAAAAGAGUCCUUAUUUCUUUUCACCAGUGUUUUUAUCAUUUUUACCAUGCACUAUUGACUUACAUUUUGUUUUAUUGUGAUACUUGUUGCCGUCCUCUAUGGCGGUAUCUGCUCUGCAUUUACAAUGGUACAUAUUAAAACAUGGCUCAUGCCAUUUUUAUUUUUUGUAUAAAGUUUUUUCGAUUUUACUCUCGCUGGUUUUUAUCUUGACUCCUUCACAUAAAUUCGACACAAACGAAAAUUGCUUCUGAGACUUCGUGAGGAAUUCAUACUUUUUUUUAAUCCAUUUCCAAAUGCUGUAACCUUGUCUAUUUGACAAUUUAUUACAAUUACGAAGAGACUGUUAAACGACAAAUAUGAUAAUGAAUCUUGCAGUGAAAUAUUUAGCAUACAUUGUUGUGUCCGCUGUCCUUUUUUAGAAAGCUAUCAUGUGAAGUUUUAAUGAGUUUCUAUAUGAUCUUUCCUAUUGAAAAUCUAUUAUUUUUUUCUUGCCAUAUCAACCAAUGACAACAAUAUUAAAUAUUAACAACAUAUUGUCAUCAUUCUAAACGUGUAAGUUCAAAGUGCAGUAAAAUGAAGCUAUUUGACCAUUUUUAUCUUUGUUUUAUCAAUCAAAUAGCUAUGAAAACUUUUUAAAUUUUAAUGUGAAUAAUGCUGCUUUUAGUUUAUAUUAAAAAAAGAGUUGCAAGUUCUUUUAAUGAAAUGUUUACUGUUACAGAGAGUAUUAUUUGUCUUGAUGUGUCAUUUUUAAUCAAAAUUCAAGCAUGGGCUAUGAAUUACCGUUUUUAGGCUUCUUUCGAAGUUGGCCCAUGCUUGAUUUGUUGAUUUAUCUAACCUAUUGCUAUGAAGAACUUUUAAAGGUAUAAUAACCGCCAUUGCCUUAGUUUUAUGUGUUUUUUUAAGGUGACUACAACAUUAUUCUUCAGCAUAUUAUGCGAUGUGUUUGUUUUUGUGAAAUAAAUUUUUACCCUAAUUA